AUAAUCUUUACCUCAUAUGCAGAAGAGUUCUCUGUACACACCUUUGAAAAGUGUAAGCUUCAGUGUCAGUCCAACGUGUUGUCUGUAUGGAAAGUCUGUGACUAUUUCGUGAACAGUAUAUAACGCGGUGCCGUUGACAUCUGGAAUGGAGGGGGCACAACAGAAGGGGGCACAACAGAAGGAGGAACAGCCCAAAUACACACAUGCUAAACAACAGUACAGGAAAGGACAGCAUAAGAGGGGUUGUAUCAAGAUAGUUUUCAUCGCAAUCUGACUCGCUCAUUUCACAGCCCUCGUUGUCGGAAUUGCUUGUGUCACUGCUGAUGAUUUCACCUAAAGAGGGGACUGUUUUGAUGUGUUGAUCCCGUCCCAUCAAUAGACAACAUACCAAGAGCUUUAGAAGCUUGUUAAGAGACAUACCAUGAGCUUUAGAAGCUUGUUAAGAGACAUACCAAGAGCUUUAGAAGCUUGUUAAGAGAUAUACCAAGAGCUUUAGAAGCUUGUUAAGAGACAUACCAAGAGCUUUAGAAGCUUGUUAAGAGACAUACCAAGAGCUUUAGAAGCUUGUUAAGAAACGUACCAAGAGCUUUAGAAGCUUGUUAAGAGAUAUACCAAGAGCUUUAGAAGCUUGUUAAGAGACAUACCAAGAGCUUUAGAAGCUUGUUAAGAGACAUACCAAGAGCUUUAGAAGCUUGUUAAGAGACAUACCAAGAGCUUUAGAAGCUUGUUAAGAGACAUACUGCCUGCAUUACCUGCUUUACCCAUCCCUUCGAGGGACAACAUUUUUCAGCUUUAGAGACAUACCAAGAGAUUUAGAAGCUUGUUUCAAGUAUUUAUUAAUGGCUGCCUCACUUUGAAAGAAAUCAUACACCUUAAGAAAGAACUGCUUGGCAAGCAUUGUGGAAAAAGUGAUGACAUGCUGUGGAGGAUGUUUUACACCACCAAGAGGAAGCCUCUUACACCAGUGGGAUACAGGCACUCCAACAUCAUUGUCAGAUGUGUGGGAAUCUCAGAACAGAUUAUGCCGAAAAAUACACCAACUCCAUCAACGCAGUCCAUCAUGGUUGGGCUCUCCUUUUACAUGCCUUCCAUAAGAUGGGGCCCUCUUUUGGAAAAGCUUCAAUCAAAGUUACUCAAAGGUCAAGGUUGGUGGAUGGUGGGCUUGAGGAUGUGAGAUGUACAACUUGACUGUGUGUGUGGAUUAUAUUCUGCAGCAAGUUGGCCAACUGGACAUUGAUUACUUACGCUGGGUAGUAUGGCUGACCUACCCUAUCAUUAUUUCGUUCCUGCUGCCACUGAUCCUCCUCGUGUUCCUCUAUGCCUCAGUCCUGUUUCUGCUUGUGUACAGGCAGAGACACAGACUCAGAGAUGCCUAUGCUCAUGACUUCUGGGAUGGAGCAAGGAAAACUCUUGCAGCCUUGUGGGAUGGACAAGGUAGAAUUUGGCAUGGCUACGAGGUUGUGGGUCUGCAUGAGAUACCUGACUCCGGACCUGCCCUGGUCAUCUAUUACCAUGGAGUCAUCCCCAUUGAUGUGUACUACAUCAUGGCCAAAGUCAUCCUGGAGAAAGGUCGUCAAAUCAGAGCCGUAGGAGACCGCUUCCUGUUUCACAUUCCAGGCUGGCGACUGUUGAUGGAGGUUUUCCAUGUGACCCCAGGAACAGUCCAGAGUUGUGUAGAUGUCCUGAAAGCUGGACACAUCCUCACGAUCUCUCCUGGUGGUGUGCGAGAGGCUCUUUUUGGAGAUGAAUAUUAUCACGUCAUGUGGGCAAAAAGAACUGGAUUUGCCAAAGUUGCUUUGCAAGCUAACGUACCUGUCAUUCCAAUGUUUACUAUGAAUUCUCGGGAAGCCUUCCGCACCCCUGGCUGGGGAAGAUCUCUCUUGAGAAAAUUUUAUGAGAUUACAAGAUUGCCACUUGUUCCUAUUUAUGGAUUUUUUCCAGUAAAACUGAGAACCUACUUGGGGAAACCUCUCUACCCAUCAUCAGAUGACACACCUGAGACAUUUGCUUCAAAGGUCCAGAGGGCUGUAGAGGCACUGAUCAAACGUCAUCAGCAGGUGCCUGGAAGUGUUGUCAAAGCACUUUUAGACAGAAUGCCAUGGAAGAUAAAAAAGAGUUGACCCUUCAAAAGGAAUAUUUAUAUUUUUAGGUGUAUAAAGUCAACAUUUUUGUGUGUUUAAUGAAUGUCUUUGCUCUUACUAAUUAAUGGACUGUGAUUUCCUGCUUGGCUAUUGUUAUCCAAAUAACUCUUGAUGUUGGUAGAAAAAGCUGUAGAAAUUAUCCUGGAACAUAGGAUACAAUUGUCUGUACAUUUAUUCCACUUCUGUACAUUUCAAUCAACAGGUCCAACUGACAAUAAGAAACAGAGAUACAAUGGACUCGGCCUUUUGGAACACACCAUCCCUCUCGCACCUGUUAUCCAAAACUUAACUGCCCAACUACGUCACAUAAUGACAAUCUCAUAGAAUCUAUAUACGUACACAAGGAACAUAAGGCAUCCAGGGAUAGGAACAAGGAUACUACUCAGGCCUAAAAACAGAAAGGAAGACUGUGCUGACUGUGCUGACUGUAGGCCACUAGAAAAUAUCACCAAAAAUAUAAAUUUACAAAGCCAAGGAAAAUUUAUAAAGAAGAUCAUGUUUUCUGUAGCUUAACACUGGUAGCAGGGACUGGUCUGAUCCACACAUUCAUUGUGCCCAUUUCUCCUCAUAUGAUAAUGAUUGUCAUCCAAUGUAUAAAUUUUCCCACAUUUUAGGCACACCUGACUGAAAGUCAAGUGAGCUUAUUUCAUGGCUUACUUGUCCUUCUCAGAAAUCCCUUGACCAAUGUAACAAACUGCACAUGUUCCCACCAAUAAUGACAGGCCAGUUUGUUCAAGAGGUGUGAAUCAACAACUUUUUAUGCGAUUACUCAGUAAUUUUUGUUCUAAAUGUAAUGAAAUUUGGUAUGAGUGUAGUUAGAAGUGGGCCUCAACAUACAUGUCAGAUUUUUGCAAUGUUUUAUGUUUUGACCUUUGAACUUUGCUCCUACAUGUUCUCAAAAUGUGUUUCCUUGCACUGUAAACAUCAUUGGUAGGAACACCCAUGUGAGGUUUCAUCUACAUUGGUAGGAACACCCAUGUGAGGUUUCAGCUACAUUGGUAGGAACAAGCAUGUGAGGUUUCAGCUACAUUGGUAGGAACACCCAUGUGAGGUUUCACCUACAUUGGUAGGAACACGCAUGUGAGGUUUCAGCUACAUUGGAAGGAACACGCAUGUGAGGUUUCAGCUACAUUGGUAGGAACACCCAUGUGAGGUUUCAGCUACAUUGGUAGGAACAAGCAUGUGAGGUUUCAGCUACAUUGGUAGGAACAAGCAUGUGAGGUUUCAGCUACAUUGGUAGGAACACGCAUGUGAGGUUUCCUUGCACUGUAAACAUCAUUGGUAGGAACACGCAUGUGAGGUUUCAGCUACAUUGGUAGGAACAAGCAUGUGAGGUUUCACCUACAUUUGUAGGAAAAAGCAUGUGAGGUUUCAGCUACAUUGGUAGGAACACGCAUGUGAGGUUUCAUCUACAUUUGUAGGAACACGCAUGUGAGGUUUCAGCUACAUUGGAAGGAACAAGCAUGUGAGGUUUCAGCUUCAUUGGUAGGAACACGCAUGUGAGGUUUCAGCUACAUUGGAAGGAACACGCAUGUGAGGUUUCAGCUACAUUGGUAGGAACAAGCAUGUGAGGUUUCACCUACAUUUGUAGGAACACCCAUGUGAGGUUUCAGCUACAUUGGAAGGAACAAGCAUGUGAGGUUUCAGCUUCAUUGGAAGGAACACGCAUGUGAGGUUUCAGCUUCAUUGGAAGGAACACGCAUGUGAGGUUUCAGCUACAUUGGUAGGAACAAGCAUGUGAGGUUUCACCUACAUUUGUAGGAACACCCAUGUGAGGUUUCACCUACAUUGGAAGGAACAAGCAUGUGAGGUUUCAGCUACAUUGGAAGGAACAAGCAUGUGAGGUUUCAGCUACAUUGGUAGGAACAAGCAUGUGAGGUUUCAGCUUCAUUGGUAGGAACAAGCAUGUGAGGUUUCAGCUACAUUGGUAGGAACACGCAUGUGAGGUUUCAGCUACAUUAGUAGGAACAAGCAUGUGAGGUUUCAGCUACAUUGGUAGGAACAAGCAUGUGAGGUUUCAGCUACAUUGGUAGGAACAAGCAUGUGAGGUUUCAGCUACAUUGGUAGGAACAAGCAUGUGAGGUUUCAGCUACAUUGGUAGGAACACGCAUGUGAGGUUUCAGCUACAUUGAUAGGAACAAGCAUGUGAGGUUUCAGCUACAUUGGUAGGAACAAGCAUGUGAGGUUUCAGCUUCAUUGGUAGGAACACGCAUGUGAGGUUUCAGCUUCAUUGGUAGGAACACGCAUGUGAGGUUUCAGCUUCAUUGGUAGGAACACGCAUGUGAGGUUUCAGCUACAUUGGUAGGAACAAGCAUGUGAGGUUUCAGCUACAUUGGUAGGAACAAGCAUGUGAGGUUUCAGCUACAUUGGUAGGAACACGCAUGUGAGGUUUCAGCUACAUUGGUAGGAACACGCAUGUGAGGUUUCAGCUACAUUGGUAGGAACAAGCAUGUGAGGUUUCAGCUACAUUGGUAGGAACAAGCAUGUGAGGUUUCAGCUACAUUGGUAGGAACAAGCAUGUGAGGUUUCAGCUACAUUGGUAGGAACAAGCAUGUGAGGUUUCAGCUACAUUGGUAGGAACACGCAUGUGAGGUUUCAGCUACAUUGGUAGGAACAAGCAUGUGAGGUUUCAGCUACAUUGGUAGGAACACGCAUGUGAGGUUUCAGCUACAUUGGUAGGAACACGCAUGUGAGGUUUCAGCUACAUUGGUAGGAACAAGCAUGUGAGGUUUCAGCUACAUUGGAAGGAACAAGCAUGUGAGGUUUCAGCUUCAUUGGUAGGACCACGCAUGUGAGGUUUCAGCUUCAUUGGUAGGAACACGCAUGUGAGGUUUCAGCUACAUUGGUAGGAACAAGCAUGUGAGGUUUCAGCUACAUUGGUAGGAACAAGCAUGUGAGGUUUCAGCUACAUUGGUAGGAACACGCAUGUGAGGUUUCAGCUACAUUGGAAGGAACAAGCAUGUGAGGUUUCAGCUUCAUUGGUAGGAACACGCAUGUGAGGUUUCAGCUACAUUGGUAGGAACAAGCAUGUGAGGUUUCAGCUACAUUGGUAGGAACAAGCAUGUGAGGUUUCAGCUACAUUGGUAGGAACACGCAUGUGAGGUUUCAGCUACAUUGGAAGGAACAAGCAUGUGAGGUUUCAGCUACAUUGGUAGGAACACGCAUGUGAGGUUUCAGCUACAUUGGUAGGAACACGCAUGUGAGGUUUCAGCUUCAUUGGUAGGAACAAGCAUGUGAGGUUUCAGCUACAUUGGUAGGAACAAGCAUGUGAGGUUUCAGCUACAUUGGAAGGAACAAGCAUGUGAGGUUUCAGCUUCAUUGGUAGGAACAAGCAUGUGAGGUUUCAGCUACAUUGGAAGGAACAAGCAUGUGAGAUUUCAGCUACAUUGGAAGGAACAAGCAUGUGAGGUUUCAGCUUCAUUGGUAGGAACAAGCAUGUGAGGUUUCAGCUACAUUGGAAGGAAUCAGCAUGUGAGGUUUCAGCUACAUUGGUAGGAACACGCAUGCGAGGUUUCAGCUACAUUGGAAGGAACAAGCAUGUCAGGUUUCAGCUUCAUUGGUAGGAACAAGCAUGUGAGGUUUCAGCUUCAUUGGUAGGAACACGCAUGUGAGGUUUCAGCUACAUUGGUAGGAACACGCAUGUGAGGUUUCAGCUUCAUUGGUAGGAACACGCAUGUGAGGUUUCAGCUACAUUGGUAGGAACAAGCAUGUGAGGUUUCAGCUACAUUGGUAGGAACACGCAUGUGAGAUUUCAGCUACAUUGGAAGGAACAAGCAUGUGAGAUUUCAGCUUCAUUGGUAGGAACACGCAUGUGAGGUUUCAGCUUCAUUGGUAGGAACACGCAUGUGAGGUUUCACCUACAUUGGUAGGAACACGCAUGUGAGGUUUCAGCUUCAUUGGUAGGAACACGCAUGUGAGGUUUCAGCUACAUUGGUAGGAACACGCAUGUGAGGUUUCAGCUACAUUGGUAGGAACACGCAUGUGAGGUUUCACCUACAUUGGUAGGAACACGCAUGUGAGGUUUCAGCUUCAUUGGUAGGAACACGCAUGUGAGGUUUCACCUACAUUGGUAGGAACACGCAUGUGAGGUUUCAGCUUCAUUGGUAGGAACACGCAUGUGAGGUUUCAGCUACAUUGGUCCAGUGGUUCCUCAGGUGAUGUUUACAGUGUGAGGAAAUGCAUUUGAGAAAAUGUAGGAGCAAAGUUAAGUGCAAAGGUCAAAUCAAUGCAACAAGAGAGAUUUCCCAAGUGUUUUCACUGAUAGGGGGACCAUAAGGUGUUGGUUCUCAUUGUCUGAAUAAACCUAUCAUUUAAAGGUGAUUAUAAAUAUGUGUCGGAUAGGUGCAGAAGUGAAUUCAUUAAUUGAAUACUGUUGUCUAUCAAUCUAUGCAGGGAUUAGUCGACUCCUUCAUUUUGUUCACAAGGAUGUGAAGUAGAGAGGAUAUUCUAUCACAGACAUGCAGUCAAAAACUCAGUGCAAGUAAAAAUGAUUUUAGUGUCAGUGAUCAUUACAAUGGUUCUGUAUUUAUUCAUGCUUGAGAAUUCCCAGGGGUUUCCCAAGUAAUGUGGAAUUAGUCCCUCUGGGUUUCCUAUGAUACAGUCUCAUAAAUAAUGUGUUGAAAUGAGUUAUUCAUAUUCCUUAUGAACAUCCGUUUCUUGGUAAUGCAACUUGUCUCUCAUUCAAUGGGAAAUCUGUAUAUUGUGUAAACAUCACAUUAAAAAAUGGUUUAACAAAA